AUGCCUCAAGCGCAACCCGAGCUCAGAAAGUACAUGGAGAAGCGUCUCUUCGUCCAGCUGAACGGCAAUCGCAAAGUCAUUGGUAUCUUGCGUGGUUACGAUGUUUUUCUGAACAUUGUUCUCGAUGAAGCAGUUGAAGAGAAGGCCGGCGGUGAACGAGAGCGGCUUGGCAUGGUCGCCAUCCGGGGGAACUCGGUGGUGAUGCUCGAGGCGCUUGAGCGCGUGGGCGACGACCGGCGAUGA